AUGUUAAUCUUUUUACAAAAGGAGGUAGAUAUUUUAAAUCAACUGUGGGAUGAAGAUUAUGAAAAUUGGAACCUACACUUGAAAAAUUAUGUUUUCUUAUUGGAACAAAACUUGAAGGAAUCAAAUAAUGAAGAAAAUAUCAACCAAGUUAUUAAAAGUGCCCUUUUGGAUCCAGCAGUUUCAAAUACUGAUAUAAUCUAUCUUCAUAAAAUAGCUCAAAUAGAAGACCCUGUUUUUUCCAUGGUUCUCAAAUUGCUCAAUCCCUCAAAUCCAGAGGUUUUGGAUAAAUGGAAGAAACAGUUUUCUGAUGAUAGUGAAAUGAUAGAAAAUAACAAUAGCCAUACAUAUCAUGAAAACAUUCCAGAAAAAGAUAAAGAUUUACCUUGCAGUUUGGAUGAUUAUUGGAUGGACACAUUAUUCAAUGCAUUUGAAGACCAAUUUCCUCAUGAAGUGUUAAGGGAUGGCUUGAGUAGCAUUCAGAACUGUUUAUCAUUUAUUCCUCAAUUGAUUUUGAAAAUAUCAAAUUUUAACCAAAUAGUUAUUAUUCACAAAUAUUUACAAGGAUUAAAUGGAUCAGUGGAGUAUGAUCAGUCAUCUUUUGGAACAGCACUGUUGAAGUCUCUUUCAAAUGUUGAAUCUACUUUUAAAUAUGCCUUAGCUGAGGAUAUUUUGUCUUCAAAUAAUAUGCCGAUUGAAGACAUUAAUGAUAUGAUAAAUGGUGAUAAAACAUUCAGUGACAAGUUAUUUGUAAGUUGGUUGUGCUUUCAUUAUGAUUCUUCUGAUAUUCAUUCAUUUGGCCGAAGUUUACUUGAGAAUGAGGAUGAUCAAGUAGAAGAUAAAUUAUUGUCACUUCCUCCAAUAGUUCUUGGCAAAAUGAUUCCUUUUAUUCUAGAAACAGAUGUUUAUCAAAGAUUAAUCGUGAAAUAUUAUGAUAAAGUAGCAGAUGACAUAGUGGAAAGCUGUGUAAAAGCUUUAGAAGAAAAGUGUAUGAAAUUUGAAGCGUCCACAUUAUCAUUAAUAUUAAAUCAAACUCCUAAGGGCUUAAUAAGUUUUGAUACUACAUUUAGUUAUUCGUCGUUAUCAUCGUGA